GUUGCCAGAAGGCGGAGCCUCUCAGAACUCUCUCCCCGCGACCUCAGCUCCUAAGCCCAAACUUUUUAAACAACUUUCCUCCUUGCAGGAGUCCUACGCCGACCCGCCCUGGGCAAGGGGCGGGACAUAAUUUGCAUAUCGUCCCUCCCGGCAUGCCUGCUGGUUGGGUUGGUUUCUCGGGAGGGAUUUGCCCUACGGAAUCAGCUGACUGGGACCUGGCAGACAGCAGCGGCCGAGCGGGAAGGAGGAACCCUAGGCGACCAAGUCCCCCUGCCCGGAACUAGCCCAGCUGGGUCAUGGCCAACAAGACCAAGCCGCGGAUCCUGCCAUGGCUGCGGGAGCAGCUGGACUCCGGGCGCCUGGGCGCGACCUGGAUCGAUGAGGAGCACACGCGCUUCUUCAUCCCCUGGAAGCACGGGCUCCGCCAGGACCUGCAGCAAGAGGAUUUCUCCAUCUUCCAGGCUUGGGCAGAGGCCAGCGGCAGCUAUCGGCCUGGUAUCGAUGAGCCCGACCCGGCCACGUGGAAGCGGAAUUUUCGGGCAGCCCUGGACCGCAAGCAGAACCUGCGUAUGGUCAGCAACCACAGCCGGGACCAGCAGAACCCGCAUAAGAUCUACGAGUUCUUGCCAGAGAACGGGGAGGGCUGCGAGGCUGGCCAGACUGCUGAGCACGAGGACCAGGAAGAGGCCAUCCAAGAGAUCCUGGGGGCCCUGACCCUGUCCACUCAGCAACAGCAGCCGCAGCCAUUCCAAGGAGCCUUCAGCCCCAGCUCUAUCUUGGAGCAGCCCCCACAGACACCAGAACCAGCCCUGUCCUGCAACCCUUUGAUGCCACUUUUUGCCAGUGGCCUCCAGUCCGAGUUCGAGGUGACAGCCUUCUAUCGGGGCCGCCUAGUCCUUCAGAACUGCCUUUUUUGCCUCAAAGGCCUCAGGUUGGUAGGGCCAGGACCUGGAGCUGAGGCCUGGACAGAGCUGGAUGGAACACCACUGGCCCUGCCUGAGCCCAGCAGUACCCUCACUGACCAGCGGGCAGUACAUUAUAUCAGCAGGGUGCUGGGCAGCCUGGGGGCUGGGCUGGCCCUGUGGUGCUCCCAGACAGAAUUGAGGGCACAGCGCCUGGGCCACUGCAGGGCCCACUGGGCCCUAGGAGAGCAGGCAUCCCCUGGGACCACAGGGAGGGAAGUGACCAAGGAAAGAGAUGGCCAGCAAGUAUGCUACAUUCCAGAGUUUGUGAAUGAUCUGAUCUCCUUCCUGGAAGGCAGUCACCGCUCACCCCAGUACACUCUCUGGUUCUGCCUAGGGGAACCCUGGCCCACCGAGUCACAGCUAUGGACCAAGAAGCUUGUCAUGGUCAAGGUGGUACCCACUGCACUGAGAGCACUCCAUGAGGUGGCCCAGGCUGGGGGAGCAUCCUCACUGGAAGAGGAGGUGGACCUGCACAUCUCCAGCAGUCUCUCCCUGUCCCUGGCACCUGCCCACCUCCACGGCUACCUGCAGGAACUGGCCCACAGCAUGCAGUGGGAGUCCGGGGCUCACUGCUGAGCUCUACCCUCUUCUCAGCCCAGAUCUGAUGCCUGGCUACACCUCCUCUCCAGCCUCAGGCAACCCAAGGCAAACCACUCUGACCCCCUUCUCUGAGCAUGUACCCUCCCUGCAAAAUAAAAGGGUUGGCAUUGUGUCUCUUCA